AUGAAACUCGUCUACCUCCUCCUCCCGCUGAGCCUGGGCCUGGGGCUGCCAACCACCAUUCCCGCCGACGGGGCGAAACUGGAAGUAUACCAGCUCCAACACCCUGAAUACCAACAACAGCAACAAUCCAUCCUCCCACAAGACCAACCAGACCAAGACCAACCCAGCCUCCACGGCUCAUUCAUCAACCUCAACCUCCGCACGCUCAAGCCCAAUCAUCUCCACCACCACCAUCCCACCAACAACACCAACACCAACCAACCCACCGACAAAAUCCUCCAAGCAUACCUCCACACCCUCCACACCUCCCACCUCUGCACCCAGACCCUCUCGCAACACGCCCCCGAACUCAUCGCCAUAGCCCUCUUCUCCCUCCUCCCCCUCACCCUCUGCCUCCUGGCCCUCGCAGAGCGCAUCGCCCGCUCCUGCACCGUAGAGGCGUAUCCCGAGCGCGGGCGGCAGCAGCGCCGGUUUCUCGGCCGGGAGCGGCAGUGUCUGAUGCAGGCGAGGCGGGAGCGGGAGAAGAGGGCGGUGCUUGAAAGGGGGUGGUGGAUCGCGGAGCGUGGGCGUUGA